AUUUUAAACAAGUCACAUCACUUAAAAAGUGUAAAUAAAGUAAUCAUACAAUGUUGAUCACUUAAUUGAUCCUAAAAGCACUUGCACAUUUUUCAAAUUUUAAUUAAAAUCCAAAAUAUAAACUCCCCUUUUUUUCAUUUUAUUCUAAUAAGUACAAUGUUUUCUUGAUCUUGAUUUGUAUAUAUUAAGCUUAUAGCUUAUGAUCUUUUUCCAUUAAACUUAGUUUUAAGAGUUUGUAUUAUCAAUGGGGUUACCUGAAUCUCCUAGCCCACCUCAUUUGUAUCCUCAAGCACUUCAACUUAAACUUUAUCAAGCUUUCAUUUUCUCAAUCCCAAUACUUUUUUCUAUAAUCUUGUUUCUUUUGUUUUACUUGUUUUAUCUUAAAAGAAGGGCCUCUUUUGGUUCUAAUUCUAAUGUUGCAAUACUUCCAAGAAGUUCAAAUCAAGCUAUUAUUCAUGGUGAUGUAGAUAUGAAGGGGAUGCUCAAGAACAAGCUUCCAAUAAUACUAUUUGAUGAAGAUUCAAUGAUGAGGGAUUCACAGUGUUGUGUUUGCUUGGGAGAAUUUGAGAUCGAAGAAGAGUUGCACCAGCUACCAUCUUGUAAGCACAUUUUCCAUGUGGAAUGCAUACGCCAUUGGCUUCGUUCAAACUUCUCUUGUCCACUCUGUAGACGCCGUGUCAUUAUUACCAGCAAAAAUCCGCAACCUUCACAACAGCCUGAUUCAAGUAACAACCCUCCGAAUAUCAUCGAUGAAGAAAGAGAACAACACGAUACAACGGUUAGCAGAGAAGAUCAGCAUGUGGUGAUAAUUGAAGAAUUGUCUAGUGCUAGUAGUUCCUCCUCUAGCAGUGUUGACAACAAUAUUGAGAGAGAUUUUUCAAAUGUAGAUGCUCUUGUUAUUAGUAUUAAUAAGGCUCCUAAUAAAUGAAUGUCAAUCAGAGACAUUUUCUCCGAUAAGAUUGGAACGAUACAGAGAAGAUUUGUGUUGGCCUCUGCACAAGGAUGACACACACAAACCGAGAAUUGGUACAAAUAUGAGGGACUGCUUAAUUUUGCUGCAUUUUCUGUCAUUGUAUAUAUGGCAUUGGGAGCUUAGGAUGAUGCUCAACUUUCACUUGGAAGGCACACAAAAGUGUUGCAUAUUAUAGUUUAUAUAUAGAAAUUAGAAUGUCAAUCUUUUUUAGUUUUGAUAAGACGUAUGACAGUCAAAGUCUUUUUCUGGGCGGAAUAAAGCGAAUAUGUGAAGUUGAGGUUGGAGAAAAGCUUGCUAGAAGUCGAUUUUUUUUACAUAUGAACAGACAAAAAGGUUUGUGAAAGUUGAAGAUUCGCUAUUAUAAGUUCAAGAUUGGGAAAUUUUCACUCAUAAAUCUCCAAAAUAAAAAGAAGUAAAACAAUUUUUACUCUA